AUGAUUUAUUCAGAUAUUGGAUGUCAAUUUCUUGUCUUCUUUCUUCUACUCGGUACAGUCUUUGGUGAUUUAUCAUUGGAAUGGGAUAAAUUCAAACGAGAUUAUAAUAAACAGUACAAGACAGUUGCUGAAGAAAAUCAACGCAAACAGAUAUUCAUUGAGAAUGUCAAUCGAAUGCGUGCUUUUCAACAAAAUCAUCCCGAUGCCACAUUUACAGUGGGAAUCAACUAUCUUAUGGAUCGACGCAUCGAGGAACUUGCAUCUGGAACGAAACUUCCUCGUGGAAUUCGUUCAGUUUCACAUGAAAAGCCAAUUAAUGUAAAAGACUUGCCUGAAACUGUCGAUUGGCGUGUGAAAGGUGUGAUCUCAUCUGUCUUCACAGAUAAAAUUGGAUUUGACGUCACUGCAGUUGUUAGCACCGAACUGGUCGAGACACUUUAUGCUAUUGAAACUGGCCAACUGAUCAAAGGUAGUAUUUCACAAAUAUUUGAUUGUUGUCCACAACCGACCGAUGCUUUUGACUGCAUACAAAAAAAUACGAGUGGCAUUUGCCGUGAUAGUGACUAUCCGGCUACACUUGGUUCUUGCAAUCUGAAUAUAUGUAAACCAUUUGCUACAUUUGACAAAAUCAACAGACUCGAGGGAAAGAAUGAAGAAACCAUGAAGGCUUGGAUUCAAGAGUCUACACUGUGGGCGGAACUCAAUACUGUCGGAGAAGGUUUUCAAGAGUAUACCAAGGGAAUUUACGAUGUACCUUCAUGUACAGAAGGACCUAUAGAUUACGUGGUGCAAAUUGUUGGAUACGGGGUUGAAGCGAAUAAACCGUAUUGGAUUUGUAAACAUAGCUGGGGGAAGGAUUGGGGCGAGAACGGCUACUUUCGUAUUGCACGUGGCAAGAAUAUGUGUCGCAUCGCUGAAAACGUUGUACAAGUCGCUAAUCCGAAGAAAAGUGAUGGUGUACGACAAUCUAAUUUCAUUUCGAUUCCGAUUGUUCUCAUAGUGGCACUUGUUUCCCGAAUGAUCAACUGA